AUGUCCGGUCGAGGCAACAAGUAUCAAGAUUCUGAGCUAGUGAUCGGGCGUCCACGACGUGGUCGUGGGCAAGGAAGCGCCAGAGGACGCGGACGUGGCGCGUCUACAGCGGCCGACCGUCCAUCUGGUCCACCGCCCACCUCACGUGCUAAUGUGCCACCUCCGGCACCGGUUCCAUCCACUCCUAUCUCUGGCGUUCAAACACUCGCUUCGGACUUGGAAGCAAAGGUGCGCGUCGUAGACGAGCCGAGUCUUGUGCAGCCGCUUGUGCGCACGCACUUUCCGCCCCGUCCAGGCUUUGGGAAGGCAGGGAAACCUGUAAAAGUUUAUGCAAAUUUGUUCAAGGUAAACUUUCGACUGGCAGGUGAUUUGUAUCAUUAUGAUGUGAUGAUCGUCGACCGAAGUUUUGGCAACGAUGGACCACCCAAAGCAUUGGCAAAUAAGAUUAUGACAGCAUUGAUGGCGGAACUAAAGCGUCAAUUUCCUGAUGUACUGUUGGUGUCAGACGCGCGCAAGAAUAUUUACUCGCCACGUCGUCUGCCCUUCCAGACGCAAACGUUCCAAAAUCUCAAACUUGGCGAUGACGGUGAAAAAGACAGAGAGUUUUCUGCUGUCGUCAAGGAAGCUGACCCUGUAGCCAUUCGCAUGCAACAACUAGAUGAGCUCUUUGCUGGCAAAUUGAACUAUACGCCUUAUGAUGCAAUACAAGCACUGGACGUGGCGCUACGACACUCAGCCUCGCAAAGAUUCACGGUCGUUGGAAGAAAUUUGUUCAGUGGCAAUGGAGCCAAGUCAAUUGGAGAAGGCGCUGAGCUCUGGUUUGGCUACUUUCAGAGCUUACGACCUACUCAAAAUCGACUUGUAGUCAAUCUGGACUUGGCAGCUACAGCCUUUGUAGAAGAAAUGGAUGUACUAGAUUAUCUCGUCAGCGCACUUAGCUUAAGAGAUCUUCCAGCAUCGCUAGCACAGCAUCAAAACUCAGCUUUUAGCAGAGCCAUUCGUGGUGUGAAGGUGAGCAUUUUGCAUCGUCCGGGAGUGAAGCGCAGCUACCGUGUCAAUGGUUUGACCAAGACCAGUGCUCAAGACACGUACAUUGAAAUGGAUGAUGGACAGCGUCCCUCCGUUGCUCAAUACUUCCAAAAGACGUACAAUCUGCGACUUCGCUACCCAAAGUUACCGUGUCUUCACGUGGGUGCGCUUCAAAAAAAGAAUUACCUGCCAAUGGAAGUAUGUCACGUCAUAGCGGGGCAGAAAUGCCCUCGAAAGGCAACGGACAACCAAGUGGCCAAUAUGAUUAAAUUUACGUGCACCCCACCAGAUCAGCGCAAACGUGCGAUCGAACAAAAGUUUCGCGAGGCUACUUUUGAUACCGAUCCAACGCUCAAAGCGUUUGGCCUGAAUGUAGAGCCGCGCAUGGUGGAGACAACUGGUCGCCAGCUCCCUCCACCCACGAUCGAAUACAGUGGAGGAGCUCGCGAAAAUCCCCGCGAUGGAGCGUGGAACAUGCGCGGAAAAAAGUUUAACACGCCAGCACAGCUGACGUCGUGGGCUGUUAUCAGUAUGGCGGACGCUAGAUAUUGCAAUCAGGCAAGCAUUGAAACCUUUUUUAAAGCUGUGAUGGCGCAGAUGGGACAGCUUGGGAUGCGGUGUCCAACAAAAUUGCCACCAGUUCUCAUGAAGCAACGCCGAGAGGAUUCAGUGCGAGGUCUAUUCCAGGCUGCAGUAAAGGCGGCUACCCAAACAUUUCGUACUGCACCUCAGAUAAUUUGGAUGAUUAAUCCAAGAAUGGAUGCACGAGCUUACGGAGAGCUAAAGCUCAUGUCUGACAGUGAGACAGGGAUGGGUAUUCUAUCUCAGUGCAUGUUGUCUAAGCAUAUUUCAAAGUGCAGUCCACAGUACAUCGCCAAUAUUCUGAUGAAGGUGAACACAAAGCUAGGAGGAAAGAAUGGCGUGAUUAGUGGACCACUCCCGCGGGUAUCAGAAUCGCAUACAAUAAUAUUUGGUGCUGACGUGACUCAUCCAGGUCCAAUGGAUAAAACUCGACCGUCAAUUGCCGCUGUGACGGCAUCAAUGGACGCAAACUUUAUUCGUCACGCAUCGUCGAUCCGCGUGCAAGGCCAUCGCGUUGAGCAGAUUGAGAAUUUAAAGGAUAUGGUUGUUGAGCUGAUGAAGCAGUUUUACCGGCAGAUGCGUGGCAAGCCGGAUCGAAUCGUCUUUUAUCGCGAUGGUGUCAGUGAAGGACAGUUUCGCAUGGUUUUGAACCAUGAAGUGACAGCUAUACGUGCAGCUUGUCAGAGUUUGGAAGUUGGAUAUCUGCCACCAAUCACGUUCGUGAUUGUGCAAAAGCGCCACCAUACUCGGCUGUUUCCUGACAACCCUAAAGACGCUGAUCGGAGCGGCAAUGUAAAGGCAGGGACAGUUGUGGAGACUGGAAUUUGCCACCCAAUCGAGAAUGAUUUUUACUUGAUGAGCCACGGUGGACUGCAAGGAACCAGUCGUCCCACUCACUACCACGUGCUGUUGAAUGAAAUUGGCUUUACAGCUGAUGAGCUGCAAAUCCUCACUUACAAAUUAUGCUAUACAUUUGCCCGUUGCACUCGUUCCGUGUCGAUGGUCCCGUCUGCAUAUUAUUCGCAUCUCGUUGCUUUUCGUGCUCGUUUUUUCUUGGCUGAAGGCAGUGACACUGCCUCGACCGUUUCAGGCCUUGAUGUGUCUUCAGCGGAAACGGAUAUGCGCAUGUACAAUCUGCACGAUAGCAUGAAAGGUGCAAUGUACUUUGUAUGA